UGACGUUCUGGUCAGCUGACCGUUUUGUUUUUGCUGGUUAAGGUGGAAUCUCCAGACAGUAGCAACAGGAAAGAAAAAUAGAUCUGUAGUGUUAUUUUUGUUCCAAGAUCAGCUCUUAAAAACGUGAUUAUAAUAUCGUAUUUUAUUUUAAUUCGCCCGCUCCUUUGGCCUUAAAUAGCUGUUUUCACCUCAGCCGAAAAAUAUGCCUUCAGAAAAGACCUUCAAACAAAGAAGGACAUUUGAACAAAGAGUGGAAGAUGUAAGACUGAUUCGAGAGCAACACCCGACCAAAAUCCCAGUGAUCAUUGAGAGGUACAAGGGGGAGAAGCAGCUGCCCAUCCUGGACAAAACUAAGUUCCUGGUUCCUGACCAUGUGAACAUGAGCGAGCUGAUCAAGAUUAUCAGGAGACGCCUUCAGCUUAACUCCAACCAGGCUUUCUUCCUCCUGGUGAACGGACACAGUAUGGUGAGCGUCUCCACGCCUAUCUCUGAGGUGUACGAGCGCGAGAAGGAUGAAGACGGCUUUCUCUACAUGGUCUAUGCAUCCCAGGAAACCUUUGGAGUUCAAUCCAGCCUGUAAAUCCCAAUCGUGUUCUUGUGUCCAAGUAGAGCCCCUCCUCCCUGCCCCCUCCAAAAAACAAAUUGCAGAACAAAACAACCUUUACAAGAAAGGGAUGUCACUAAGCAACAGCUUGGAAAGAGAUAGAGCCUAUUGAAGGGGGCACUAGACUACCAGGGUUUAUGUAAUGGAUCAGCAACAUUUUACUGUAAUCCCUGCAAAACUACAAAUUAAGCUUGGUUUCAUGGAAAAGAAACACAAAGCAGAUCACGCAUUCAAGCACCAUUUAAAAACUGUGGCAGCCCUUUCUUUCCUCUCCCUACCCCACAUCAACUCAAUUCCACCACCUAAUACCAUAUAAGGCUAGUUCUCCUGAUCAGGAAAUGCUGUGCUUUGUUUUUCUUUCCAGGGGUUGGAAUUUUGCUGAAGAUGAUUCUGUCAACUGCGUGCUUAACACAAUCUAUAAUGUAUUAAGGUCCAUGGAUUCUCUUUGUGGUACUGGCAAUAUUUGGGUUAAGUACAAUCCAUACCAUUUAUUUUUUUUAAACUAUGAACGAAUAGGUGCCCAUGCCAAUAUUAAUUGUUCGUGUUUUUUUGUCUAAUAUUUUAAUGGAUACUUUUUUAAAUUUGUAGUUUAUAUUAUUAAAUUGUAUUGCAUCUUUUCCUUUAGUCAAUCUGUUUUUAAGAUUCCUAAAUCAACGGAUGUGAAUUAGCCGCCUUUACAAUGUUAAUCGUUUUCUGGAAAACUAAUCGCUGUUCUUGGAUAGGAAAGCAAACUGAAUAAUACAAUUAUGGUGUCACAUGUUUUUUUGUUUUAUUUUUUAAUAUAACUUCCAUGUCUGAUGUUAAAAAUAUCAAUCCUUUUUAAUGUGUAGAAUUAAUUUUCCAAUUGCCCAUCCUCUACCAUGCAUCAUCCAUGGUAUUUGCUCUUCAUUUGCAUCACUAUUUACUCUCCGUUAUGUUAAAUUAAAAGCAAUAUACAAAUGGGUUUGUUUUAACAGAGUAAAAAUUGUUAAUACCAAUAUUUUUAAAAUAUAAUUUUUUUUAUUUGCAUCUAUCUUGUUAACAUUGCCUCCGUUUUUUGUUUAGUUUGUUGAAAAUGUUAAUCGUUUUUCUUCCUGUACGUUUAUUAGCUAUGUUAUGAGUUGUUGCGAUUUGCAUAUUUUGUACAUUUGGGGGAAAAAAAAAAAAAAGUUUGAUUGUAUUUGGUUAGAUUUUUCUGUAUGAAGUUAUUGAAUGUUUUCUGCAGCCGAGACUGACGACCAUUCUUGUAAAAGUAAAUAAACACUGUGUGAUCCUGACGACGGUGGAGAUGUGUGUCUGUAAAGAAAUAUUCCACUGUAUAAAACAUUGCAUCCCAAAUUAAA